UGUAAUGCAUUUGUCUGCAACGUGAUAUCAUUAUCCGUCUUGACACCAAUGUUUCUUCCACUUCUACUUGCGAUGUGAUACUUGAAAAUUGCGUUAGGAUACUCUCCGAUUGAAAAAGACAGUAUCUUUCUUUAGCUGAGAGACUAGUUUUUGACGCGUUGCCUACUUAUACAAUGUCACCCUCCCUCCUUCCUUCAUAGUAACGUAGCGAUUUUGUGUGUCAAUGACAUAAGGAGAACAAGGCGUUAGACCUUGUUAAAGCCAUUUUUCGGAGCAUUUGAAAGGAAAGAAAUGCCAGAAUCUUUGCUCAACUGUUUGCUGGUUUUUCUCUUUCGCAAUCUUUCAGUUUUUUAGCUGUCACUCGAAUCCUUUAAAACUGUUGUCACACUCGUAUCAUAUCAUCCAAAAAUGCAUAGCUUGGAGGAUCCGUCACAUACACCUGACAAUAUUUUUUAAAAGUCCGAACAAUGUAGAUUUUUAGUCGACACAAUUUUGUACGUAGUGCUUGCAUCAGCUAGACUACAACAACGACAAUAACAACAUACCCAGUGUAAUCCCACAAGUGGGGUCUGGGGAGGGUGGUGUGUAUGCAAUAGAGAGGUUGUUUCUGGUAGACCCUCAGCUCGAUUAAGCCUAUUAAAGAAAAUACAAAAGCGAAGUAGUCACGUUAAAAAUAACUGAUAAAGAGAACAAAUAGCAACAACAAAUAAAUCGCCAACUAAAGCGAAGGAAACAAGAUAGAUCGCUGAGAGCACUAAACAAUGCUCGACUACCUACUAACGUUGUAUCAGCUAGAGUCAUUCAGCAACAACAACAUACCCAGUGUAUUCCCACAAAAUGAUACGAAGUCCAUACCACUAUCUCAGAUGAAGUAGAGAGGCUGUUUCCGAUAGACCCCCGGCUCAGGACCAUCAGCUAGACUCAUUAUAAUGCAAAUUUCAGCAAAAUUCUGGCAGCCCCUAACUUUGUGGACACAUGAAGAAACAGAAUUUCACUUCUUGUGCCAAGUAAUGAAGUCAUUUUCUUUGAAUUCUACUUCAAUUCAGCUUGAAUUCAAUACUUUCUUGGAAUAUAAAUAUAAUAAAACAAAGAAUAUACCUACUUAACAUCUUUUCUUCAUUUCUUUUCAACUUAUGGACAAGGAUAAUAUCAUUUUCCUCUUCUUAUUAGUACUAAUAUUUUUCACUCUUCAACUUCCAUCAGCUUCUGAGAUGUUGGUUUCUGGUAAUCGUAGACGCCUCCAAGGCGAAUGGAGGCUGUUGCAGAAAAGCAUUGGCAUAUCCGCGGUGCACAUGCAACUCCUGAGUAAUAACAAGGUAGUUAUCUUUGAUACAACGGAUUUUGGCCGUUCUAACCUCUCACUUCCAGGAGGGCAUUGUCGCUAUGUUCCCAGUGACUUGGUCUCACGCGAAGACUGUUCUGCUCAUUCUGUUUUAUACGACAUUGGUAGCAACACAUUCCGGGCAUUAAUGCUUCAAACUGAUCCGUGGUGCUCUUCUGGUGCGGUCCUCUCGGAUGGAACAUUAGUCCAAACCGGAGGAUUCAAUGAUGGGGACCGUGUAGUACGUACAUUAGCGCCUUGCACGGGUGAGAACUGUGAUUGGGUGGAGCACAACCGUACUUUAAUUCAACGAAGAUGGUACUCGACUAACCACAUCCUUCCUGAUGCACGAAUAAUCGUGGUAGGGGGAAGAAGACAGCAUAACUACGAGUUCUACCCGAAAAUUUCUGGACUAUCUGCUUUCAGGCUAAAAUUUCUUAGUGAUACGCGAGAUGGGGAUCACGAGAACAACUUGUAUCCGUUUGUGUUCUUACUACCAGACGGGAACCUUUUCAUUUUCGCGAACACGCGAGCUAUAAUUCUUGACUACAAGAGAAAUAAGGUGGUGAGGAAACUGCCUUCAAUUCCUGGUGGUGAACCAAGGAACUACCCAAGCACUGGCUCAGCAGUGUUACUUCCUAUAGACGAAAAUCGCCCUAUGGAAAGCGAAAUCAUGGUGUGUGGAGGAGCACCUCGUCGUGCAUUUGGACUUACAGCCCACGGCGUCUACAUGAACGCCCUUUCAAGUUGUGGACGGAUCAUCAUCAGCAGUCAUCGCGGUAGAUGGAAAAUGGAGACAAUGCCAACGCCACGAGUCAUGAGUGACAUGGUGAUACUACCCAACGGAGAUAUUCUCAUCAUAAAUGGUGCAGCAAUGGGCACAGCAGGCUGGGAAAACGCGCGUCAACCUGUCACCACACCGGUGAUUUACCGGCCUAACAGGAAGCAAAACAACAGGUUUUCGGUCAUGGAAGCCUCUCCAAGACCCCGGGUUUACCAUUCCACGGCCAUUUUGAUGACCGAUGGAAGGGUUCUAAUCGGAGGGAGCAGUACACAUAAGUACUACAACUUCAAUGAUGUCGAAUUCCCAACUGACCUAAGCUUAGAAGCCUUCUAUCCACCAUACUUAGCCCCCGAGUACGAGCAUCUAAAACCAACAAUCCUCUCCAUCGACGAAAUCUUGAUUUACAAAAAGCCAUUUUCGGUGACCUUCACAUUGCCCAGGCCCUUGUCAACGGGGACUGUUUCAGUCAAGAUCAUCGCGCCUUCAUUCACCACGCAUUCUUUUUCAAUGAACCAACGAAUGGUGGUGUUGAAGGGCGUCGCGGCUGUUACAGCAUCAUCUAAUACUUAUACAUUCACAGCGUACGGUCCAUCAACUACAGAAAUUGCACCACCAGGAUACUAUUUACUCUUUGUAGUACAUGCUGACAUACCAAGUUCUGGUAUAUGGGUACAAAUUCAGGAUCAAAAAUGUUGCCGCACCUGUGUUGGAUCCUUCAAAAAUUCACUACUUUUGGAGGAUCCGACACGCAGUCCUCGGGUCUUAGAUUUCGUGUGAUAACAACUAACAGUUCAUCAGGUUUGUAGCAAUCCAUGUCAUGACUAGCGUCGGAACUAGAAUUUUAUAACAGUCCAUCCGGUUUGUAGCCA